AUGGCUUUCUCUUCGAGCACUGGGUACGACGUGUUUGUGAGUUUCAGAGGGGAAGAAAUUCGCAGGACUUUCAUCAGCCAUCUCUACAAUUCGUUGGAACAAAAGGGGAUUCGAGCUUUCAAAGACGAAACCGAGAUGAUCCCAAAACCCUCUGAGAUUCAUCUCGCUACUAUCAGAGCCUCGAGAAUCGUCGUCGUUGUGGUGACGAAGAACUAUCUCUCUUCGCAUUGCUUCCUCAAAGAGAUUCUAAACUAUCACCGCAGCGGUUACCUCACUGUAUUUCCCGUCUUCUACGGAGUAAAUCCUCGCGAUGUGGCCGAAGAAUUCGGAACUAAUCAGAAACAAAACCCAAAGAAGAUGGAAUCGGAAAUAUGUGAGUGGAGGAAGGCAGUGACGGAGCUGGUCUCCAUCUCCGGCGAGCACUCAAACAAUUGGAAGGACGAUGCAGAGCUAAUUCUGAAAAUCACAAAUGACAUUUGGGAUAAAUUGAGCUCUCUUAGAUUCGGUACCCUUGUGGGGAUGGAUCUCCGCACGAGACGCAUUUAUGAAUUGUUGAGAAUGGACUCUAGAGACGAUGAUCAAGUACGUGAGAUUGGUAUUUGGGGUAAAGCUGGUCUUGGCAAGAAGACGCUUGCGAGAUGUGUGUAUAGAGAGAUCUCUAAGCAUUUUGAUGUCCGUGUUCGACUUGAAGAUGUGAACAAGAUUCAUCAAGAUCACAACGAAUCUUCCGUUUUAAGCGAGUUGCUUCGAUCCAAACUUGUUCAAGGAUCCGGUAGUGGGUUUAGGGUCUCUCCUGAUGACACGUCAUGGCUCAGAGAUCAAAGAGUUCUCCUUGUUGCAGGGGGUGUGGAUAAAACUGAACAAUUGUAUAUCCUUAGGGAUUACAUUAAACUGUUUGGUCCAGGGAGCAGAGUUAUUGUCACAUGUACAGACCAACAGUUGCUUAUUGCUUGUGGGGUAACACUUCUUUACCAAGUUGAAUCACUGGAAUUCUAUGAAGCUCUUGAACUCUUGAAGCUCCACGCUUUCAAGGGUCGUGAUCCUCCUAGAGAUUAUGAACAGCUCUUAUCUCGUGGGGUUAAGAUUGGCAACGGUUAUCCUUUGGUUGUUGCUGCAGUCGGCUCAGAGUUGUGUGGUAAACCCAAACAAGAGUGGGAAACGGUAUUGUCUAGAUACGAACACGACACUAUGGGAACAGAGAAGAGUAGUUUUGGUGUGUUGAAUGACAAGGACAGGUCUCUCUCGGAGAACACUGCAUUAGGGAUGGAUUGUCACAUGCAGGCCGUGAGUGGACUGAUGGAGUUAGAAUCUGAGAAUGAAAUUGGUGUAGUUGGCAUUUGGGGAGUAGGAGGUGUUGGCAAAAUGACUCUUGCAAGAUCUGUGUACGAGGAGACCAAACGCCAUUUUCAUAUCAACGUUUUGCUAGAGAAUGUUGGAAAGAUAUAUGAAGACCAUGCACAUUUAGAAGAGGAGAUCCUGUGGAAAAGGAUACAGAGAGAAGCUAGGAUUUCCAAAGAAAGGCUUCUAAAUCGUAAAGUUCUGCUUAUUGUUGAUGGUGUGAACAAUAGUGAACAGUUGGAGGAUGUCAAGAAGGUCUCUGCCUUGUUUGCUCUAGGGAGUAGGGUCAUUGUGACGACGCGAGACAGAAAUUUGCUUGUAGCCAAUGGGAUAAAACGAGUCUAUGAAGUUAAGUGCCUCAAGGUCCAUGAAGCUCUUCAACUCUUCUAUCAAUAUGCAUUCAAGCAGCAAACCCCUUCUACUCGUUUCAAGCAGCUCUCAGUUCGUGCUGUCCAGCUUGCUGGUCGUAUCCCUUUAAACCUUAAAGUACUCGGUUCAUUUCUGUGUGGAAAAAGUGGACACGAUUGGGAAAGCGUAUUGCAGAAACUUGAAACACAAAGAGAUGAAGACAAAACGGAAGUAGUGUCUGUUGCAGAGUGGAAAAGCGCUAGCUCUGAGAUAAGUUUACCAGAUACAACUGAAAUAGACAACGAGCGAGUUCUUGCUACGGAGAUUAUCCUAAACGAGACAACAAUAGAUGAGGUUCCCACAGAAGAAGUCGUUAUUACGAGUCUGAAACACGAUCUUAAUAUGGCAGUGAGAUCUUCAGAUGUGGUCAUGAAGUUGCCUGAAGAAAACCAUUAUGUAGAAAGAGGAAGCAGGAGUGUCUAUGAACAAGAUUCAAUACCUCUCUGGGGCAUGGUUUCAAUUUGCGGUGGAAGAUCUGAAAUGAUGGAGACUGUUAAAGUUUUACCUAAUUUUCUGAAAAUACCGAUUAAAAUGCUUAUGGAAGAUCAUGAAGGGAUGAGUCCAAGUCUCACACACCUCACUAGUCACUUCUUCGGUGUAUAUGAUGGCCAUGGAGGUGCUCAGGUUGCUGAUUUCUGUCAUGAUAGAAUCAAUUUUGCUUUGGUUGAAGCAAUCGAACGGAGUAAAGAGGAAUUGUGCAAGAAGAACACUGGCGAGAGUAGGCAGGUCCAGUGGGAGAAAGUCUUUGUAGAUUGUUACCUGAAGGUCGAUGGUGAGGUCAAAGGAAAAAUCAGCAGACCUGGUGUUGGUUCUUCUGACAGGAUGGUUCUUGAGGCUGUUUCCCCCGGAAAUGUCGGAUCAACUGCUGUGGUUGCUUUGGUUUGCUCAUCACACAUAAUUGUCUCAAACUGUGGUGAUUCAAGAGCCGUUCUACUUCGCGGCAAAGACUCUAUGCCUUUAUCAGUUGAUCACAAACCAGAUAGAGAGGAUGAGUAUGCAAGAAUAGAGAAAGCUGGAGGAAAAGUUAUACAAAGGCUAGGCGCUCGUGUUUCUGGUGUUCUUCCCAUUUCUAGGUCUAUUGGUGAUGAAUAUCUGGAGCCAUAUGUAAUAGCAGACCCCGAAGUGACGAUUAUGCCACGAGAAAGAGAAGAUGAGUGUCUUCUAUUGGCCAGUGAUGGACUUUGGGACGUAAUGAGUAACCAAGAGGCUUGUGAGGCUGCAAGGAAACGGAUCUUAUUGUGGCACAAGAAGAAUGGAGCAUUGUCUUUAGCUGAGAGAGGUGUAGGGGAAGACAGUGCGUGCCAAGCCGCGGCUGACUAUCUCUCCAAACUGGCUAGUCAAAUGGGAAGCAAAGACAGUAUAUCCGUCAUAGUGGUAGACUUGAAAGCUCAAAGGAGAACCAGCAAUGAUAUCGCCAAGUCUUGCGCCUUUCUUAUCCCCUUAGUGACUGAAUGCGCAUCGCCUCCUUUGCACCAGAGUUAUCCACAGCUUUGA